AUGAAGAUAUUGCCUGCCAUGCUUGGAAUUGGGAGAUUGUUUUGGGUCCUCUUCUUAAUCGCACCUCUGGGCAUCUGGAGUAUCGACGGAGAAAAACCAUGCAGAGCACAACUUCGUGUUAAGAGUAAGUCAAUGCAGAACGUCUUUGCAGGGAAUCCAUUUCAACUGGAAUGUCCUGUGGUAUACUGCGCUAACAGACCUAACGUGACCUGGUGCAAGUUGAAAGAAAAACAGUGUUUGCCUCUGGAGGCUAGCCAUCGGGAACACAUGAAAUGGGAAAACAGAAAGAAUAUUUUCGUUUUUAUUCUACAUUUUGAUCAAGCAUUGGCUAGUGACAAUGGAUCAUACCGCUGUUCUUUGAAUGUUUCAUCUGGACUCAUUGAAAGUCACUCAAUAGCUAUUAAUGUGAUAGAAUGGACUCAAAAUAAUUCAGGACACCCUCUAAUAACAUUGACUGACAUUUCAGAUACAACCAGUGCUGCAGGACCACCCUUCCAGAACGAGAUGGAGGCCAGACCACUGAUCCUUUAUUGCUUGCUUUCUUUGGGAGGAUUGCUUCUACUCAUUACCUGUUUCUACCUAUUCUGCUGCCUGAAAAGGCACCAAGGGGAACAAAAGGAGCCUUCUGAUACAACAGAAAGGGGAAUUAACCUGGCUGAUGUUCCUUGGCCCUGUAGAAGUGAGCAAAUUGAAGUGGGCACCAGACAAAAUCCCCAAACACUGCCCUCAGAAACUGAUGUUUAUGAUAAUGACCCCUGGGUCAGCGUCCAGGAAGAGUCUGGGGUUUAUUCUAACCCAAAUCUGGAGGAAAACAAACAGGGCAUUGUUUAUGCUUCGCUGAACCACUCCAUCAUUGAAAUGAACCCAAGGCAGGCAAGAAAUGUGAAAGAAGCACCUACAGAAUAUGCAGCCAUAUGUGUGAGGAGUUAA